AUCCGCCGCGGCUGGGCGCUGCGGCCGCCCCGCCCGGCUAGCGCUCCCGCCCCGCCCCCGCUGCCGCCGCCCGGUCCGUCGGUCAGUCAGUCAGUCACGGAGCGUGCGGCGCGGGAGCUGCGGGCGCUCACGGAGUGUCUCGGGAAGGAGCGCCGCGCCUGAGGAGGAGGCGGUGGCGGCGGCUGGAGAAGCGCGAGCGGCGGCUGCCCAGCCUGGGGCCGCUACAGUAGCCGGGGCCGGCGGAGGACCGAGCGGCUGUGGCGUUCCUUGGAUUUUGCAGGAACAAAUGGGCAAGUGAGGGAAUAGACAGAUGGGGGUACAAGAUGGAGCAGCUAUCAGAUGAAGAAAUCGACCAUGGUGCUGAAGAAGACAGUGACAAAGAAGAUCAAGACCUGGACAAAAUGUUUGGAGCCUGGCUGGGAGAGCUAGACAAACUCACUCAGAGUUUAGAUUCUGACAAGCCCAUGGAACCAGUGAAAAGAUCUCCUCUUCGCCAGGAAACAAACAUGGCCAAUUUUUCUUAUCGCUUCUCCAUAUACAACUUGAAUGAAGCUCUGAAUCAGGGAGAAACUGUGGAUCUGGAUGCCCUAAUGGCCGAUCUUUGCUCUAUAGAGCAGGAGCUCAGCAGUAUCGGUGCAGGAAAUAGUAAGCGUCAAAUCACAGAAACAAAAGCCACUCAGAAAGUACCUCCUAGCCGACAUGUAUCAAAACAUGGCACCUUGAAAGGAUUGUCUUCAUCAUCUAAUAGGAUAACAAAACCAUCACAUGCCAACUACUCCCUGGAUGACAUUACUGCACAGUUAGAACAGGCCUCCUUGAGCAUGGAUGAAGCUGCUCAGCAAUCUGUACUAGAAGAUACUAAGCCCUCAAUAACUAAUCAGCACAGAAGAACGGCAUCAGCAGGUACAGUGAGUGAUGCUGAAGUUCAUUCUAUUAGUAACUCCUCUCGCUCCAGUGUCACUUCUGCAGCUUCCAGCAUGGACUCUUUGGAUAUUGAUAAAGUAACACGUCCUCAAGAACUGGAUUUGACACAUCAGGGGCAGCCAAUUACUGAGCAUGCUAUUUCUGUGAGAUGUCCCAGCAAGCAGGCCAAGCGUCAUACUGACUUCACAGAAGAACAGGCUGAGCUGACACCUCACUCCUAUCUGGACAGGGAAACCUCCCUUCUUCUGAGAAACAUUGCAGGAAAACCUUCUCAUUUGCUGACCAAGGAAGAACAAGCAGCAAAACUGAAAGCUGAGAAGAUCAGAGUUGCCCUAGAGAAAAUUAAAGAGGCACAAGUGAAAAAGCUGGUGAUUAGAGUCCACAUGUCUGAUGAUAGUUCUAAAACAAUGAUGGUGGAUGAGAGGCAGACAGUGAGACAAGUACUGGAUAACCUGAUGGACAAAUCCCACUGCGGUUACAGUUUAGACUGGUCACUGGUGGAAACCAUCUCUGAGUUACAGAUGGAGAGAAUCUUUGAAGACCACGAAAACUUGGUUGAAAAUCUUCUUAAUUGGACAAGAGAUAGUCAAAACAAGCUUAUAUUUAUGGAGCGUAUAGAAAAAUAUGCACUUUUCAAAAACCCACAGAACUAUCUUCUGGGGAAAAAGGAGACAGCUGAGAUGGCCGAUAGAAACAAAGAAGUGCUGUUGGAGGAAUGUUUCGGUGGAAGUUCUGUAACUGUACCAGAAAUUGAAGGAGUGCUUUGGUUGAAAGAUGAUGGCAAGAAGUCCUGGAAAAAGCGUUAUUUUCUCUUGCGAGCAUCUGGUAUUUACUAUGUCCCUAAAGGAAAAGCAAAGGUCUCUCGGGAUCUGGUCUGCUUUCUCCAGCUGGAUCAUGUGAAUGUUUAUUAUGGACAGGACUAUCGGAACAAAUACAAAGCCCCUACAGACUAUUGUCUGGUGCUAAAGCACCCACAGAUCCAGAAGAAAUCUCAGUACAUCAAGUACCUUUGUUGUGAUGAUGUGAGGACCCUGCACCAGUGGGUCAAUGGUAUCCGCAUCGCAAAGUAUGGGAAGCAGCUCUACAUGAACUAUCAAGAAGCCUUGAAGAGGACAGAGUCUGCAUAUGAUUGGACUUCCUUAUCUAGUUCCAGCAUUAAAUCAGGAUCCAGUUCUUCCAGCAUCCCAGAGUCUCAGUCAAAUCACUCUAAUCAGUCUGACAGUGGAGUAUCUGACACUCAGCCAGCAGGACACAUCCGUUCCCAAAGCAUUGUGAGCUCCAUUUUCUCUGAAGCCUGGAAACGAGGCACUCAGUUGGAAGAGUCCAGCAAGGCCAGAAUGGAGUCUAUGAAUCGAUCCUACACUUCACUUAUGCCCCCUUUAUCCCCACAACCUAAACUAGUCAACCCCUAUACUGCCUCCCAGCCUUUGCCUCCCUUACCGCCCCCACCCCCUCCCCCUCCUCCUCCACCCCCACCUCCGCCCCCACCGCCCCCACCUCUGCCCAGCCAGUCUGCACCUUCUGGGGGAUCAGCAGCCACCAUGUUUGUCAAGUACAGCACAAUAACCAGGCUGCAGAAUGCUGCUCAGCACUCAGGACCCCUGUUUAAGCCUCCGCCACCCUCAGUGAUGCAGCCUAUGUCCACGACCUCACAGCCAGCAAAGCCUCAGGUCCCUGUGCCCCCCAAUGGAGUUGUGCCCCCACCCCCUCCGCCACCCCCAGCCCCCACCCCGGGCUCAGCUAUGGCCCAACUAAAACCUGCACCUUGCACCCAGUCCCUUCCACAGUUCAGCUCUCCCCCCCCUCCACUGAAGAUACAUCAUGUUCAGCAUGUUACUCAAGCAGCUCCUCCAACACCCCCCCCACCUCCUCCUGUCCCUCCCCAAGCCCCUCCCAAACCUCUUGUGACCAUGCCACCAACCAGCACCAAGACUGUGCCCCCCGUUGGUGGGACACAGGCUGUGCCACCUACACCUAUUCCUCCAGUCCCCCCAGCAAAAAAACAACCGGCUUUUCCUCACAUUCCUCCCUCUCCCGCUGCUCCUCCUGGUCCUGUCCCCCCACCCACGUUACCCAAGCAUCAGAGUUUCAGCGUAAAACCACCUCCCUCUCCACUGUCCCCAGUGCCCUCUGUAGUGAAGCAGAUAGCCAGCCAGUUCCCUCCGCCUCCAACCCCUCCUCCCGUGGAGCCGCAGCCCUUAAAGCCAGUCCCAGCAAAUGCAGCCCCACAGUCCCCACCUGCUGUGAAAGCAAAACCCAAGUGGCAGCCCAGCUCCAUCCCUGUCCCUUCUCCAGAUUUCCCUCCUCCUCCUCCUGAAAGCAGCCUGGUGUUUCCUCCUCCUCCUCCGCCGCCGCCGCCGCCGCCGCCACCGCCGCCACCACCACCACCACCACCACCUGUCCCAGCCCCGCCACCACUGCCAUCUACACCCACAGCUUCUACCGCUGACAAAAGUGGAUCUCCAGGCAAAAAGACCAGUAAGAUGUCCAGCCCUGGGGGAAAGAAACCACCCCCGACCCCACAGCGAAACUCCAGCAUCAAGUCCAGCAGUUGUGCAGAGCACGCUGAGCCUAAGAGACCCUCAGUGGACAGUCUAGUCAGCAAGUUCGCGUCGCCAGCAGAACCCUCUGGGUCUCCAAGCAAGGAGACCCCACCACCUCCUGCUGCGCCUCCCAAACCUGGAAAACUAAAUCUCUCUGGAGUUAACCUUCCUGGAGUCCUCCAACAGGGGGCAGUGGCAGCAAAAGCAUCUGUCUUGAGUGGGCGUGGCAAGGACUCCGCGGUAGAAUUUCCCUCUCCUCCAUCAGACUCCGACUUUCCACCCCCUCCACCUGAAACAGAGCUUCCUCUGCCCCCCAUAGAGAUCCCAGCAGCGUUCUUGGGAAACAUUUCUCCGAAAGUGGCAGUAGUUAAUCCUCAGCCCCAGCAGUGGUCCAAAGCGUCCGGGAAGAAGGCCCCUCCGCCCACACGACCCAAAAGGAAUGACAGCACCCGCCUCACUCAAGCGGAGAUCUCUGAGCAGCCAGCAGCGCCCACAGUUGUGCCACAAGUGCCCACCUCUCCCAAAUCCAGCCUUAGUGUCCAGCCUGGAUUCCUGGCGGACCUUAACAGGACCCUGCAACGGAAGUCCAUCACCCGGCAUGGCUCGCUCUCUUCCCGCAUGUCCAGAGCAGAACCCACAGCCACCAUGGAUGACAUGGCGUUGCCCCCGCCACCCCCUGAACUGCUGUCUGAUCAACAGAAAGCUAGUUACGGAGGCAGUCAUAUAUCAGGCUAUGCGACGCUGCGGAGAGGCCCUCCUCCCGCUCCCCCCAAAAGAGACCAGAAUACCAAGCUUUCAAGAGACUGGUAGCUUCCAUAGGACUUUAUUUUCCUAGUGUCUGUAAUCGGUUCUACAAUCAGCUCACCUGACCAUCCCUGAAUUCAGGUGUUCAGAGCCUUCUGGUAUGUUAUUCAGGUAGUGUCCAGCUCUCUCUGUGUGUGUGUGUGUGUGUGUGUGUGUGUGUGUGUGUACAUACCUAUGUGUGUAUAUGUAUAUAUAUAGCUUGGAGUGAUUUAUUCCUUUUCUCUCUUAAUUUGAAAAUGGAUUUUGUGUAUUUGGAGCGGAAGAGGCAUAGAAGGGGAUGUGUGUCCUGUCCCUUAUGAUACCUAUUACCUGUCAUGUGGAUUGGACCAAAAAAAGUUCUGAUGACUUUAGAUGUAUUUUAUGUCUCCACGUGCAGCCUAUCUGUGCAUGUUGUGUAUUAUAUAUUAAGGAAUAGAUGUGUAAUGUGCUGUUUCUCAGUUUGAGAGGACAACCAGAAUGUUUGGUGUUAUCUAUAGGGCUUUUGUGUUUGUUUUAUCCCCAGUUGGCUUAAGUCAGAGCUGUUUGACAUUUCAUUAACUAUACAUAAAGGAGCACUUUAAUCAGGAACGUCUUUCAGCUUCACAGAAUGGGUGAAUAAUGCGGUAUGGGGAAAUUUCAGACACUAUCUGUAUGCAGUUUUGCGUAUGAAGUAAAUACAUGGUGUAACUAAACCAUUCUAGUUGCAGUACUUACUGCUGCAGUGAUUCACCUGAAUCUAGGAUGUGUUCUGUCAAAGGUAAGCUCUUUGCCUAAAAUAAUGUGGAUAAUUUAGUACUAUGAUCUUGGAUAUUUCUUUUAAUACUGUUGGAAUCCUUCCAUGGGCUUUGUGAAGCUUCGCCAACCUUGGCUUCACGAUCCUUGCUAUAACUUACUCUAAGUGAGUAUCCGACACAGUAUCCUGGAAUGUUUAGCCCCAGUAUGUCUUUGGGUCACCAGUUAUUUUUUGUGUGCUCUAGGUAGAUGUUGAUCUUAGGUUAUCUGUAGACAGUCGCUAUAUCAAAUAUACCCAUCCUGUAUCUAAUACGGUCCAUCAUUAUGUAAAACAAAAAUCACCUUCUGAAAUGUCUUUGUGUCUUGAUCUCUAGAAGGUUGGGGUGGUUACAAAAAGGAACAAAAUGGCCCCUGUGCAGGUAUCAUUAAUCGUGUUGUACAUGGAUUAUAACGUGUAAUACGAAUAACUCCUUUAAGUGUGGGACUGUCACGGAGGGGGAAAAUAAGUGAGGUUUUGUACUGCAGCAUGCUAGGAUCCUUGCCUGUUGCAGCCUGGUUGCAAAGAUCUGUCCAGGUUACCUUGUGGUCUGUGGGAGUAAUGUAGUCCAAGUACAGAUAGUGACAUAUUAUGCAUGUGCAAUUUGGCAUCACAUGAAAUGAUCACUAGUAACAGAAUAUGCUUUAUGCUGCAAUUCACGCUUUUUUUCCCCCCUGUGAAUUUUCCUUUGUAUCUGAUGAUAAACUGACCAUUAGGAAUAAAAUGCAAUCUCAGAGCUGCUCUUAAAAGAAAACUAGCCAUCCCAGGAAUGAUGAAUGAGCACAUCUUGCAAUGAAGCCUCUGCGUCUUGUGACUAAGGAUUACCAAGGGCAAGCUGCAGAAAUCUUUGAUGCUGUCUCCUAAGGGAAAAAUGUGCUAGUGCGGUGGGGCAGAUAGAAGUAAUUCAAGACAGUGAGAGAUGUGAGGUGUACCCAAGAAACCCUUAUAACCCACCCUCCCACAGUGUUGCUCGGAGAGAAGGGGUGGCACUUCUUUGCUGCCACAUCUGCAGGAUGUUCAGUAUAGUCAUGUGGUUAUAGAGCAAUAAGAAUAUAUAUGCCAUAGUGCAUUUUUGUAAAGUCAUUCUUUAGAAAGAUUCUUUUUGGAUCCUCUCAGUUGAUCACGAGGACUGUGCAUUGUUAUGCUUAUGAGGUGGCCUUUAACACAUCUACAUUGUUAAUUUAAGCAUGCACUGCCGUUUGGGUACAGGUUGCCAAGCUCCACGUGAAUCAUGAGUGAAGUGAUACUGCAUAGUCUCUGCCUGCAGUUUUAUACUCUUAAGAAUCACCCUUACUUGUGAGGCGAAGAGUUGAGAAUACGAAUCCAGUGAUAUAUUCGUCGCUAGGGUUUUUUGUUGUGAUGGUGGUCUUUUUUUUAUAUGAAGGCAGACUUCAACUUUAAAUCACCUCCUCUCAACCUUCAUUCACCCAUGAUUUGAAUCCUAAGACAGCCUGUUUUUUCAGUAUAGGCUUUCCUCGGCCUUCUGGCUGUUGGUCCUGAUGACAGCCACCCUGGACUGGCGCUUCCAAAGCAGCGGGCAUCCUUUAGAGCAACACUAGGUGCGCCAAGAAGAGAGCUGGGUUAAAGACAGAACUCUCAUUUUUACCCCAAUCCGUUGGCUUGUCUGACAACAGGUUUACCUUUCUCCAAAGAUGGAAAAAGGCUGUUUUCAACAUACUCUAAUUUUGUGUGUGAAACAACUGAAUAAAAAUAUAUAUAUAUAUUUAGAUUAUACUUCCAGUGUUUAACUCCCUAGAGAGUUUUUUUAAUUUGGGUUUUUGUUGGGAUGUAGCUUUGUGGGGUUUUCUGUUUUUCUUUUGAGACUACUCUUGUUAUUUUUUAACGGUUCCUUUCCCUGGUGUGUUCAUGGUAAACACCGACUGCCAGGUGACACUAGCUCUGUGCCUUCUUCUACCGCCUUCUGCUCAACAGCUGUAAUUCAGCAGAGCGUCUUCGAGUCUAAGGAAACCUGGACAGGUGACUUGGCUGUACUGAAAAAUGAACAGCACGGAGGAAUGCAUCCCGCUGUUGAGGGCAGUGCAGACGGGCCUCACAGAGCUAGUGGCACCCUUCACUCGACCACAGAGGAUUUCUAAAUUGGGGAACGCUGUGCCUCAAGUUUUGGCACUAACUGGGAAGGUCAGCAACAACUAUAUCAGGUUUAUAGGUAUAUAUAUAAUAAAUAUAGGCUAUUCUCUAUUGAAAUUUUAACAGCUUUGCUUUUACUACUUGAAUAAAUGCCCCCCCCCCACCUUAGUUAUUGUAAUUCUCAUUUGGGGGAAAAGUUAACUAUUCUUAAGGUUUUUACAUUAAAUUUUUAAAAUUUGAGACUUUUUAAAAUGAGAAAGAUUGUUGACUCCUAAAAGUUAUGGGACACCGUUUUCAUCAGAAGAGUUCAUACAAAGUAAAGCAGACAUGGCGUUCUCCAGUCCUCUAAAAUCAAGGUGCUUCUGGCCACUGAUGGCAUCUUCUGCUAAGGGCUGUGAACUCUCUUAGAAGUCCCCUCUUCCUGUUAAGUUUACUUGCCACUGAAAACAAUGCUGAGUUUCUCCAGAAAGCUUAAAUUAGUAGUGACAACUCUGAGAUCAAGGUUAAUAGGAGCUGUACAUCCAGUUACCAGUUUCAGAAGCUGCUAUUCUGGGAAAAUACAGUUGUUAAUAAGCUUGUGUGAAGAAUGUAAAGUUGUAAAUUAGCCUGAGAAAACUUUCAGGUAAUGAUGUGGAUUGGUUUGAUUUGACUAUCAGGUCACCAACAGAACCUUUUGUCACCUUUUUUCCCCUCUACUAAAAGCAAUUUUAUGUUACUACAAACACAAGGUAGUUUUAAACAAGUAAAAACCAUUUUCCUAAUUUUAUACUAAAUUUUUUUUAAUAUGCCUGCAGGGCUAACAAAUUAUAACUGAUGUAAUCUCAUAUUUUAUUCAAAUUUAGACUAAUUAAACCUAAAUGACCCUGACUUUAAAUGAAAUAGAAAUAAUUUGAAUUUAUACACCUGGUAAGAGGAAAUUCUCUUUACUAAAAAUCACUUUAGGUUGCAAGUACCUUUGAGUUUUGUUUUAUACACUUUAUAUCAUUUGUAUUAAAGCAGGAUGUCCCUAAAAUCCUGCAGGAAUAUGAGACUACUCAUAAAGUGAAGAUGUAAUCCACAUAGAGAUCCAAGUAGAAGAGAAUUAAGUACCCCACUAUCUUUUAAGAUUUAUUAAUUUAUUUUCCUUUAAAAAUCAGAAGAAAAUUUCUACACUUUACAAGUCUAUCCCUCAAACUAAACAAGUGCUCUGUUAUCUGACAUAUAGCUGUAAAAUAAACUUGCUAAAUAAAAAUAAGCAAAAAAUAUACUUGAUAAACAAUUGAAGGGAAAAAUCUCCCGUUGGUUUGCUCUUUGCUUGUUGAAUAAACCAUUUUGAAGAGAAAAUAGUAUCGGCUAUAAUCCCCAGUGCCUUGAACUCUUGGAGGAAGAGCAUAAAAAAAAUAAGCAAACUUUGAGGUGCUAAUGAAAGAGAAGGAAGGUGAGUAUUUCUAGUUUACGCAAAAAUAGAAAAAGUGACUGUCUCUCAAGAGAUGGCUUCAUCUACCUAUACAUGGGGACGGGCUGCUUUCUACCAAAGACAUUGAGAGCAAGUUGAGUCAGGGUAACAGUGAACACUACCAUAGUUAAAAGAUGGCGAAGUUCAGAAGUGAGUAUGCUGGUCAUAGAUGGCUGUUGACACCAAGCCCAUAAAAGCUGAAGCCUCAACCUCCUCAUAGGCAGAAUGUACUUGCAGCACUUAAAGGAAAAAAAAUCUUUGCAUUUUGGGAACUGCCCGUUGUUUGUUAAAUGUAUUGUAACCUAAUACCAAAAACUGCCAUUUUCCAUGAUUGCUGUCUCCUAUAUUUUUUCUCUACUUGUAAAUAGUCUCUACUAGAAAAUAAGCAUUAACUGGAAUGUUUCAAAUGAUUUUGCUUAAUUUUAUUAUCAGCCACUAGUGAACUUUUAUAGAAAUGUACAUGUAAAACAAAAAUAUCAUUAGCUUGUGCUAAAAAUGGUGUAAAAACGUUUACUAUUUUAAAGGAAAAUUGCACAUUAUAUUUUAACUGGGAUUGCUCCUUCUCUUCCCAUUUCUUCAAAAAAUUGAGUCAAUGCUCACACUGACAUGUAGGCUGUGAGAGCUUUGCUAGAUAAGUGAAUAGAUAACAAUGUAGGAAUAUACUUUUUUAAAGCAUGAAAAAGAAAGCAAAAUGAACUGCAUUAUAAAGUACCCAAUAGAGGACACUAUCUAAACGAUUAUGCACAGCUCGGUAAAGAUGAAGUUACAAUUUUUCUUUCAGCUUUGUUGCUAUUAUUUUCUUCUGCUUAAAUGUACGCUCCCAUUUCAUUAUGUGCCUUGCUCCCUGAUUGUGCAAACCUAUAUAUAUAGAGAGAUAGAUAUAUAUGAGAGAGAUCUAUUCAGUACUACUGACGAUGUUUUUGUUCUUCUGCUGGAUUAAGUUAUUUUACAAGUUAUUCUUGCCAGUUACUGUCAGUGAACUAUUGUAAUGGCUUAGGACAGUAGUUAUACAGUCAGUGUAAAUUUGUUUCUCAGUUACAUGUUUUCACUAUGUCAGCUUACCCACUCCUUAAUAAAAAAGAAUAGAUUUCAUUUACAUGUGGGGGUUUUACUUGACUGUUU